GGUUUGCCUGUAGGACCGUGAAGAUGUUGUGUUCGUGAUAUCGCAUAACCACAAAACAGCUGAUCAAUGAGUACAUUACUGUAAUAUUUUUUCUUGAAACUUUAUCAAAUAAAAUUCAAAUAAAAAUGUUUGCUACUCAAAUUUCAAGAGUUUCGAUGUUUUUCCGACAACUCAGUACAAAAGCAGAUGAAAUAAAAGGAUUAGUUAAUAAAAAUAAAGUCGUAAUAUUUAUGAAAGGCAUUCCAGAGGAGCCAAGGUGUGGCUUUAGUAAUGCCGUUGUACAAAUUUUGAGAAUGCAUGGAGUCAAAUACGAUGCACAUGAUGUACUUAAAGAUGAAGACCUAAGACAGGGUAUAAAAAAUUAUUCUAAUUGGCCCACUAUACCCCAAGUAUAUAUCAAUGGUGAAUUUGUUGGAGGUUGCGACAUUGUGUUACAAAUGCAUCAAAAUGGAGAACUUGCUAACGAAUUACAGAAAGUUGGCAUUACCAGUGCAUUCACAAUCAACGAAACAGAAAAGACAAAACAGAAAGAUAGUUCCAAAAAAUAG